CAUCGCAGUAGCCCAUGUGUAGAAGAAAAACGCUCACGAGAUUCCCGCCGCCAACGACAACUGUGAUCGUGCACCUCUCUGUGUAUGCUUUUGUUUAUCAUCGGGUUCGCGUCGCGUGUACAGUGAUAAAUUAUUUCAUGUACGUGCGGUCAUGAACAUGAUUAUCAUGACAUUUAAAUUUUAGUUUAACCGUGAUAUCACAACCGUUCGGAUGCUUUCAGCACAUUUCUCCGCGUUCGGUUCCCGUUGAUGAUACUGUGCAAAAAUCGAGGGAGUUUAUAUUCUAAUAAGAUUAUUGGGAACUGCUUGUUCAACGUGUUCCUUACGAAUAUCUGGUGAAUACUGUUCUUGAGCUAAGCCAUAAUCAGUACAACGAAAGUCUGUAUAAUGAAUAAUUUCAUUACAUCAAGAUAAAUGGAAUGAUGAAUUGUGUGUUUUGCCGUCGGUGAUUUUUGGUGUAAUCUGGAUUUAGUGUUGUGACGAUUUUGGGAAUUAUUACAAAUACUAGGGAAACAUUGUGCAGGAAACAUCCAGAUGAUGGAGCAAGUGUAAAGUGUUGGAGUUGAACUGCCUACAACUUCGUCAGCGAAUAGUGUAGCGAAGUAAACAAUGAAUUUGGACUCAAUACCUCGACCCGAGACAAUUCACGUUGCAGCUCCAGGAGCCACCACGCGCCCUCCACAAACCAUGCCCCAGCGGUCACCGUUCGCAAUCCAGGAGCUACUCGGUCUGAGCGACAGUUCCAGACCGAGCGGCGUGGUGUCGGCUGUAACGCCGUCCCUCUAUCCCGGUGUUGGACAAACUCCGUUCACGGCCGACCCGCACCAGAUGCAGAUGGCAGCUUCACGGAUGGCCUACUUCAACGCUCACGCGGCUGUGGCGGCCGCGUUCUUGCCGCACAAUAUGGCAGCAAGCGCGGCCGGCGGUCCACUGCAGCUUCAUCAUCAGUCUUCUGCUGGUUUUCCCCAUCUCAAAUCUACAUUCGGCUCAGCAGGCAGCCCUUGCUUACCGGGCGGAAUAGAGUCUCUAAAGAAUUUCACGUUAGACAAUAUUAACGGAUAUGGAAAGAAAAAGAAAAAGAAACGGAGGCAUAGCCGGACGAUAUUCACCAGUUACCAGCUAGACGAAUUAGAAAAAGCCUUCAAAGAAGCCCACUACCCCGACGUGUAUGCGAGAGAAAUGCUUUCGUUAAAAACAGAUCUUCCAGAAGAUAGGAUACAGGUUUGGUUCCAAAAUCGACGAGCCAAAUGGCGUAAGACUGAAAAAUGUUGGGGUCGAAGCACCAUCAUGGCGGAAUACGGUCUCUACGGUGCUAUGGUGAGGCACUCACUGCCUCUGCCGGAGACCAUCCUCAAGUCGGCCAAGGAGAACGAGUCCGUUGCACCGUGGCUUCUAGGCAUGCACAAGAAGUCGAUGGAAGCGGCAGAAACCCUAAAGAACUCCGAAGAUAACAGCGAUCGAGAAGAAACUCGAACGGAAGCCAGUGAUAUUAGUGCAGGUUCAAGUUUAAACAAUCAUGGUUGUUCCCCGAUCAAAUCACCUGGAUUGAAUCCCCCCGGAAGUACGAACAGCGGAAGCACCAUCAGUACCAGUCACCUGUGUUCUAGUUCAAGUAGUGGCCAGUCCCACAGUACUCACUCCAACCCCACCACCAGUGUGAUAUCGCACCUAUCACCCACUUCGGCACAUUCUCCAAUCAACAGUUCAUCUACGGCAUCGAUAACUCCGCCUCCAACGACACUAACGCGACAUCGAACAUCACCGCUGGUAUCGCUUGCUGGCGGCGGAGGACAACCGCAAUCGGGCCAGCUGGGCCAUCCGCACCACCAUCCUCACCUUCCACAUCCGGCGCAUCAUCACAGUCCCGUUGACAGCAAAGAAUUCAAGCUGAACGCCACCGUCAGUCCCACCGGUAACAGUUACCACCCCGAAAACGACCCAGAAGCGUUUAGGUGGGUUGACUACAGGGAUCCUGUUUCAUACAUACGGAACAACUCCAUAGCCUGCCUUCGAGCCAAAGCACAGGAGCAUCAAGCACGCCUGCUGAACAGUGGCUUACUGCUACAAGUUCGAUCUUUGGCAGGUCUCCAAAACCCACUGCAUCACAACCAUGGCGGGGGUGUAAUGGCAGGCAGCGGGCCGGGAGGAGGAGGAGGAUCAACAGGAGUGAUAGGCCAUGGCAGUAUUCCUUCGCCGCAUCAUUGUGAUUCCAAUGGCAACAAUUUGCUGCUGGGCAGUGCUACCUUACAUCACGCAUCGUCCCAGGAGAACCUGAACCUCGCCGCAAUCGAUCGACAGCGCUCCGAAGCAAACAGCAGCAACGGAUCGGCCAUUUCGAUAAAGUGCCGCAGCAAUAGCCCCAACGUGGCCACCUUUUGACAUUAGAACUGCUAGUAGCGGGCUAUCAAACUGCUAUUCUAGCUUCCAUCGAUCGUAGCAUCAGUCAUUAGCUUGUAGAGUGAACGCUUUUAAAUAGUUUCACCUGAUUCCGUUUUGUAUAGAUAUUUCAAAAGCUUUAGUUGUUACAAUUUAAGCAAUAACUGAAAUCGAGUGACAUGAUUCCUUGUAAAUUCCAGUUUUGUAACAUAAUUGUCACUGUAUUUCUCAACAUAUAUUAUGAGUGCAAUGUCUCGAGCAUUUAAUUUCCUGUACUUUUAUCCAGUUAUACGUUUUAGUUGUAAAUUAACUAUAAGGCAUUGUAAAUUAGCAAGAGCAUACAAAUGAUAUAGUAUUCAGGCUGGAUAAAAUACGUAAUUGCCAAAAAUCUUAAAAAUAAUGCUCAACACAUGUACAGAUAACACAACUCGAUGUAACGACUAUGCUUUGAGAAAACUCGUGGUUUUUGUGUCCUCUCUUGCUAAUUCUUCUUGCCGACCUCCCAGCAUGGUACUCAUUGGACUUAGUUCAUUUAAUUAUGUGGGCUAUAAGCAAAAAAACUAUAUUGACAAUGCGAUCCAGUCUGCAAAUCACUUUAAACAAUAGAGCUUGCUGACGUUUGAUCAUCUUUCUCUUCUACGCGCACGGAGGGGAUAGGAUUUGUUUUCAUGAAAACAAAUCCUAUCCCCUCUGUGCGCGUGCAAGAGAAAGAUGAUUAACAUCAGCAAUCCUUAUACUACUAACAACCGAAUCAUUUUAUUGUGCUGUACAUGAAGUAAAUAAUCGAUCAAAUAUUUCAAACAACUGUCAAACGUCAACUACCUACUUGGUACCUGGUUGGCUACAGCGUUGAUACAGCCCGGUGGCAUCUUUAUCUCACACAAUAGGUUUGUUUUGCAGCCAACACUGCGAGACCGUAUCCCACUUACAGUUCUGUAUCCUAAUGACAAUCAAAUGUGAUGUUUGUAAACAAAACACAUACUAUCAUGAAUUUUACACUGAGAUGUUGGCUACGAAAACAUGGCGUCGUGCCACCCACCUGGUUGAUACACCUAUACCUGGCGUUUUGUAGAGCCCCAUAAUCGUCGGUCUUGGGCGAUGUUUCUCCCGUUUAGGGUCCCAAGGUCCGAUUCCACCGCGUGCCGGCCUUUAUCCGAUUCUCUGUUGAAUAUUGUUUUUAAUGGUUAAGCCUAUCCUCGCCGUCUCCCUCUUCAGUGGGGCAAAAGCUUCGACUACUGUUCUGCGAUCGAUUACAAUGAGGUCGAUAUCGUCCACAAAGCCCAGGAGCGUAUGCAACCAUGUGAUGAUAGUGCCGUUCCUCUGCACGCCAGGUCACAAGUGCAAUGUUGAACAAUUUAUUCGAAUUUGCAUCACCCUACUUCAUCCAUCUAAGGUCACAAAUGAGGUUGACACUUCGUCUGCCACAUCUGCCACAGCCAGGGUUUGCAGAAAUCGAAAAUCUGAAGUCAGUAUUGCGAAAGGCAUCUAAGGUUCGAUUUCUCAGUAUUAAGCACCUUUAUCGAAACAAAUAUUUGGUAGGCGUAGUAGCGGACACCUUCCUACAUAACCGGUACGAAAUAGUUUCUAUGAAAAGUUCCUAAUAUCUUUCGUCUUUCGCCAUACAGAUUUCUGGCGGUUAACUUAUGCUGGCUAUUUGCGCAUAUACGAUAGCGCCUGGAUGUUGAAGCGGCGGGUAAAAAAUCAGCCAUUGCCAAUAAAUCAUAUAUAACGAACAACGAAAAAGGAAAAACAAAAACUGCUCCGAAUCUUAAUAAGCCAUGAUAAUAAAUUUCAAAUCUUGUCAAAAAUAUUAUAUACAAGUGCGAAUAAACAGAAUCGGAGUAUCGUCUCACGCGGUAUGCUACAUAUCGCAUAUGGUAGUAUAUGUAUACAGAGAUGAUGAGUGAGACUUUUUUAUUCUCUUUUGGAUUCAAUCCCUGGCCACAGUUCACUUCUUUUUACUGAAUCGUACGCUGCUUUGAAAUCAAUGAACAGAUGGUGAAUCUGAAAGUUGUACUCCCGGAAUACAUCAUUGACUUCGGGCUGUGGCUUUGUGGCCGUGCGGUUAGCGACGUCAAUCGUCUAGACGCAUGUGCUGCGGAGUGUGGGUUCGAUUCCCACCCCGGUAAAGAGAAAACUUUUUCGUAAAGCGAAAAGCUCUUCACUGGUCCACUGGGUGUUAUGUAAAUGUCCUGUCCGUUGUCUCAUGCUAGAUGUUAAGUGUUCAGUCUGUGCGACCUCUUGUCGAAGACGGUGAUUCUGUCUUUUUUUUUUUAAUACA